UCCUGGAGGCUGCGCGGAGGAGGAGGCCGAGGCGUGCAAAGAGAAUUCUGAAGACUAGGAUCUGAAGAUGAGUAAAAAGCCCCCAAAUCGCCCCGGAAUCACUUUUGAGAUUGGUGCUCGUUUGGAGGCAUUGGACUACUUACAAAAAUGGUAUCCAUCACGAAUUGAAAAAAUUGACUAUGAAGAGGGCAAAAUGUUGGUCCAUUUCGAGCGGUGGAGUCAUCGUUAUGAUGAGUGGAUUUACUGGGAUAGCAAUAGAUUGAGACCACUGGAAAGGCCUUCAUUAAGAAAGGAAGGACUAAAAGACGAGGAAGAUUUCUUUGAUUUUAAAGCCGGAGAAGAAGUGCUAGCUCGUUGGACAGACUGUCGCUAUUACCCUGCCAAGAUUGAAGCAAUUAACAAAGAAGGGACAUUUACAGUUCAGUUUUAUGAUGGAGUAAUCCGUUGUUUGAAAAGAAUGCACAUUAAAGCCAUGCCUGAAGAUGCUAAGGGACAGGUGAAAUCCCAGCAUCCACUAAGCUGGUGUUGUCCUCGCGACCCAGCUGGAUCGUGCAACCAGUCUCUGGGAAGUGAGGAUUGGAUAGCUUUAGUCAAAGCAGCUGCUGCAGCUGCAGCCAAGAAUAAAACAGGGAACAAACCUCGAACCAGCACUAACAGCAAUAAAGAGAAAGAGAAAGAUGAAAGGAAAUGGUUUAAAGUACCUUCAAAGAAGGAAGAAAAUACAAGUUCUAUAGCUACCCCAGAAGUUGAGAAGAAGGAAGAUCUGCCCACUUCUAGUGAAACCUUUGUAGGGCUUCAUGUAGAGAACGUUCCAAAGAUGGUCUUUCCACAGACAGAGAGCACAUUAUCAAACAAGAGGAAAAAUAAUCAAGGCAACUCAUUUCAGGCAAAGAGAGCUCGACUUAACAAGAUUACUGGUUUGUUGGCUUCCAAAGCUGUUGGGGUGGAUGGUGCUGACAAAAAGGAAGACUGCAAUGAAACAGCUCCAAUGCUGGAGCAGGCGAUUUCACCUAAACCUCAAAGUCAGAAAAAAAAUGAAGCUGACAUUAGCAGUUCUGCCAACACUCAGAAACCUGCACUGUUAUCCUCAACAUUGUCUUCAGGGAAGGCUCGCAGCAAGAAAUGCAAACAUGAAUCUGGAGAGUCUUCUGGGUGUAUAAAAGCCCCUAAAUCACCACUUUCCCCAGAAUUAAUACAAGUCGAGGAUUUGACGCUUGUAUCUCAGCUUUCUUCUUCAGUGAUAAAUAAAACUAGUCCUCCACAGCCCGUGAAUCCCCCUAGACCUUUCAAGCAUAGUGAGCGGAGAAGAAGAUCUCAGCGUUUAGCCACCUUGCCCAUGCCUGAUGAUUCUGUAGAAAAGGUUUCUCCUCCCUCUCCAACCACUGAUGGAAAAAUAUUCUCCAUCAGUUCUCAAAAUCAGCAAGACACGACAGUAAUAUCAGAGGUGCCUGACCAUGCACAUUUGCCACUUGAGAAGCUGGGACAUUGUCUCCCUCUUGAUUUAAGUCGAGGUUCGGAAGUUUCUGCACCUCUAGCCCCAGAUUCCUCUUACCAGAACGAAUGUCUCAGGAUAGAUAAAGAAGACACGCAGAUGCUUCCGAAUCCUCCUUUCAAAGCAGUUACUGAUGGAAGAGGAGUUGCAACAGCACCAGGAAUAUUGAAAACAGAGAAAAAAGUGAAAUUGGAAGAAAAAAGCUCAACAGCAUUUGGGAAGAGAAAAGAAAAGGAUAAGGAGAAAAAAGAGAAGAGAGACAAAGAUCACUACAAACCUAAACAGAAAAAGAAGAAAAAGAAGAAAAAGAAAUCUAAGCAACAUGACUAUUCAGACUAUGAAGACAGUUCCCUAGAAUUUUUGGAAAGGAGCUCUUCUCCACUGACUGGGAGUUCUCUGGCUCUGCGAAGCAUGUUUACGGAGAAAAACACAUCUUAUCAGUACCCAAGGGCAAUUUUGUCAGUUGAUCUUAGUGGUGAAAACUUAUCAGAUGUGGAAUUCCUGGAUGACUCUUCAACAGAGAGUUUACUUCUGAGUGGUGAUGAAUAUACUCAGGACUUUGAUUCUACCAAUUUCGAGGAAUCUCAGGAUGAAGACGAUGCCCUCAAUGAAAUUGUGCGAUGCAUUUGUGAGAUGGACGAGGAGAAUGGCUUCAUGAUCCAGUGUGAAGAGUGCCUGUGCUGGCAGCACAGCGUGUGCAUGGGGCUGCUGGAGGAGAGCAUUCCCGAGCAGUACAUUUGCUACAUCUGCCGAGACCCUCCUGGCCAGAGAUGGAGUGCAAAGUACCGUUAUGAUAAAGACUGGUUGAAUAAUGGGAGAAUGUGUGGAUUGUCAUUUCUAAAAGAAAAUUAUUCUCAUCUCAAUGCCAAAAAGAUAGUUUCUACACAUCACUUGCUUGCUGAUGUCUAUGGUGUUACAGAAGUGCUUCAUGGGUUACAACUGAAGAUCGGAAUACUGAAGAAUAAACAUCAUCCUGACCUUCGCCUCUGGGCUUGUUCUGGAAAACGAAUAGACCAAGAUCACGUUAUUGCUGGAAUGGAAAAAAAUAUGACAAUGCAAGACAUCAUUAAUUUAGAAGAAAAGAAACAUGUACAAAACCAUAAAGAGCCACCUCGAUUCCCUCUAAAAAUGGAAGGCACUUACAUAACCAGUGAACACAGCUACCAAAAGCCACAAAACUUUGGUCAAGACUGCAAAUCUCUUGCAGAACCAGGGAGUUCAGAUGACGAUGAUGAUGUCAGUAGUUUUGAAGAAGAACAGGAAUUCCACAUGAGAGAGAAAAAACGUUUACAGCACUCAGGAAGAGAAGAUGGAAUGUCCCAAAAGACUGCUGCGGAAAAGAAGACAGUCUUUGUCUAUAGUGAGAAAAAGAGCCCCGAAGACCCAGGAGAUUCACAUCUCCAGUGGCAGCUCAAUCUCCUUACCCACAUAGAGAAUAUGCAGAAUGAAGUGACCAGCAGGAUGGACCUCAUAGAGAAAGAAGUCGAUGUUCUCGAAAGCUGGCUUGAUUUCACAGGGGAGCUGGAGCCUCCUGACCCUCUCGCAAGACUGCCCCAACUUAAGCGCCACAUCAAACAGCUCCUGCUUGACAUGGGCAAAGUUCAACAGAUAGCCACACUUUGCUCUGUAUGACAACGGUGAAAAUCGAAGGAGAGGGAGAGGGGCACUGCAUUCUUCAAUCAAAUCAUUUUUUUGCUACCCACAUAAUAGUGGAUAGUUAGAAUAAGUCAAAAAGCUUAGACGUGUUUGGUCACUAACUCUGACACUUGUCUUGGUGGCACCCUGGAGAGGAAGAGGUAGAACUACUUUGACAAGCUCAUAUAGAGAAUUAAUAUGAGAAAACUACAAAAGAUAAUGUGUUCUAUGCUGAAGAUCAGUAAAGUAGGUUAUAUUCUAUACAGAGAGAAUUAAGUUAGCAGGAUUUUCGAGUAGUUGCUUUCAUGAAGCUUGGUAUUCCUGUAGGAUGAAAUGUGGUGCGUGAAUCUAGUUUCUAGCAGAAAGACCCUUGUUUAUAGAGCGGAUUUUGGCCAGCAAAAUUGUAGAGAAAAAUUAAGUUUCUGGAGAGUUUAAC